AUGACACUGUUCAAGUCCCGGCCGACAGCGCUCCUGGCGUGCGUGGCUUUGGCCUCCAACCUUUUAUCAUCCGUCACGAUGGCACAAACGACCGUCUCCAGCGGCGGCACGGGCGUACAUCUCCUGUUCCGGACGGACAAGUGGGUCACGCCCAACAUUCACUAUAAGACUGGCAGCAGCUGGACUACCUCACCUGGCGUCGCCAUGGUCGCUAGCAACAACUCCGCCUACCCGCCAAACGACGGUUGGUUCCAAUUCGACGUCUCCUCCGCUACUUCGCUCGAAUUCGUCUUCAACGACGGCGUCGGGGUUGUCUGGGACAACAAUAACAAUGCGAACUACAAGGUCUCCGCAGCUGGAACGUACUCGGUCGUCAGCAAGGUCUCCGGUUUCAAGACAGGUGAUCUGCCGUACAUCCAUUUCAAUGCUGGUAGUGGCUGGACGACUGUACCGGGGUACGCCAUGUCAUCCAGCACCUACGCCGGCAAGUUCUCGGCUGCGAACGGAUGGUACCAAUAUGACACCUCGUCCACUUCAAGCGUGGAGAUCACGUUCGACGAUGGCAAUGGCAUCUGGGACAGCAAUCUGAACGCUAACUACAUUCGCACAUCGCCUGGUACUUACGCGUUCGUAAACCAGAACACGGCAACACCUACGUCUUCUCCGUCCGUUAAAGGCUACGUCAAUGGUCCAGGCUACGCUGUGACGUCUGCCAGUGAAGAUGCCGGUGUACUCACUAUUAACCUCGCAGUAAACGCUGCUCCGACCUCGACUCCGUACGGCACGGACCUGUCGGCACUCGUGGUUACGGUUACUAAGACGGAGAGCGACAGUGUCCGCGUGAAGAUCGUGGACAAGAGCAACAAGCGCUGGGAGGUGCCCAAGAGCUUGUUCACUGCCGGUACUCUGGGAACGGACAGCACGGCGAAAUCUGCUGCGACGGAUCCGCUGUAUUCAUUCAACUACACACAGAACCUGUUCACAUUUAAAGUGGUGCGGAAGUCCGAUGGCUACACGCUCUUCGACUCGUCCGGUAUCUCGUUGGUGGUGAAAGACCAAUAUCUCCAAGUAGCAACAGCUCUGGACAGCGACCUUAGCGUGUACGGCAUUGGUGAGAGCACUCGCGAUAAGUUCAAGAUGGCUUCAGGCGACAAACAAACGCUAUGGGCGCGGGACCAAGGAUCCGCUUCGGCUAACGUCAACACUUACGGAUCACAUCCUACUGCUGCUAAACAGCAUGGAAUGGAUGUAACAAUGGACAGUGGACACCUCGUGUACCAGACUAUCGGUGGUGUGCUCGACUUCAACAUCGUCGUUGGUCCUACCCCAGCAAACGUCGUCAAGCAGUACACGAAGCUCAUUGGACGCCCGAAGCUCAUGCCAUACUGGUCGUACGGAUUUCACCAGUGUCGAUGGGGCUAUGGCUCUACCGAUGCACUACGUAAUGUUGUGAACAAGUACAAGAGCAGCAACCUUCCUCUGGACGUCAUCUGGGCCGACAUUGACUACAUGAAGAACUACCACGACUUCACGCUGGAUCCGGUUAACUUCCCACAGGCCAAGAUGACUGCCUUUAUGGACGAGAUCCACGCCAGUGGACACAAAUUCGUCCCGAUUAUUGAUCCAGGCAUCCCGGACGACACGAAUGACUACGCAUAUACUAAGGGUUUGUCCAUGGAUAUCUUCAUUAAGGACACACGUGGCAAGCCGUAUCUGGGUCAAGUAUGGCCAGGUCCGACCGUAUUCCCAGAUUUCUUCCACCCCGACGCAAAGGCAUACUGGGGUGAACAGAUUACGUUGAUGUACAAGAGCUACAACUUCGACGGUCUCUGGAUCGACAUGAACGAGCUGGCAAACUUCUGUCCAGGAACGACUUGUGUUCGCCAGUCCGGCGUCACGUGUCCGAACACGGGAAGUAUUAGCGCCAUCACGACGUGUUGCUUGAGCUGCUCCGGUGACGGCAACAAGUACGAUAACCCGCCGUUCGCAAUCAACAACGUCAACAGUCGUGACGCGAUCUACAACAAAGGGAUCUCGACCAGUGCGUUGCAGUACGGCAACAUCCGUCAGUACGACGCUCACAACCUGUACGGUAUCACUGAAUCUAUCGUGACGAAUGCUGUCCAGGAAGAGCUAGCUAACAAGAGAUCGUUCGUGCUGUCUCGGUCAACGUUCCCAGGAAGCGGUGUUCACGUCGCCCACUGGACUGGAGACAACGCCGCCACUUGGAACGAUCUACGUUGGUCGAUCCCUACUAUCUUAAAGUUCGGGUUGUUCGGUAUCCCUAUGGUCGGUGCCGAUAUCUGUGGGUUCUCAGGGGCCUCCAACAUGGAGCUAUGUGCACGGUGGACAGCUCUGGGCUCGUUCUACCCGUUCGCGCGUAACCAUAACAAUCUCGAAGCUCCGGAUCAAGAGACGUACGUGUAG